GCUGCCCCCUAGCUGCGGUUGGGUGUAGCGGGCCCCGGAGCAUGCUGGGAGUGUUGAGUCAUGGGGGCUGUCGGCUCCCGGCUGGGGGAGACGGUGUGAAGAAGACAAGGGUACAAGCGCUGACCUCCUCCCCUGUCACAUCUCUCCCCUCAGACAUGAUCCGGGGGCCGCUCCGAGCCGGACAGAGGCUGGGAUCUCAUCCCAGGAGAGGUUGCCCUUGCUUGAAACGUCUUCAUAAUGAUAAAAGAACAAUGAAAUCUCAAGCAGGUCUCUAGAUGCUGAGAUAGACAUAUUAAUCCCUAUUUAAUAUUAUUUCUAAUCAGUUCUCCCUGUCUGGUACUACAAUACAGCACAGCUAUGUAUGGAAGUGCUCGUACAAUCACUAAUUUGGAAGGCAGUCCUUCCAGAUCGCCUCGUUUACCACGAUCACCUCGAUUGGGCCAUAGAAGAACAAGCAGUGGAGGUGGGGGAGCAGGUAAAACACUGUCAAUGGAGAAUAUCCAGUCCCUUAACGCAGCCUAUGCAACGUCUGGACCCAUGUAUUUGAGUGACCAUGAGGGUGUUGCGUCUACCACAUUUCCAAAAGGAACCAUGACUCUUGGAAGGGCUACUAAUAGAGCUGUCUAUGGUGGAAGAGUCACAGCCAUGGGAAGCAGUCCAAACAUUGCCUCUGCUGGUCUUUCACACACGGAUGUCCUGUCCUACACUGACCAUGUAGGCUUGACCGGCUCUUCUCACCAUCAUCACCACCAUCAUCACCAGGUUCCUUCUAUGUUAAGAGUGAGAGACAACACCAUGCUUGAUCUUCAGGUUCAAAUGAAGGAUCUACAGAGGGAAAAUGAACUUCUACGAAAAGAGCUGGACAUUAAAGACAGCAAACUUGGAUCUUCCAUGAACAGUAUUAAAACAUUUUGGAGCCCAGAACUUAAAAAGGAAAGAGUCCUUCGAAAGGAGGAGGCUGCAAGGAUGUCUGUUCUGAAGGAGCAGAUGAGAGUGUCUCAUGAGGAAAAUCAGCUUUUGGAUUCCUGGAAAACAAAGCAUUUGCAGUUGACCAUCCAGGCCCUUCAAGAUGAGCUGCGAACUCAGAGGGAUCUUAAUCAUCUUCUUCAACAAGAAAGUGGGAACCGAGGGGCAGAACAUUUCACGAUUGAGCUCACGGAGGAGAAUUUCAGAAGGCUUCAGGCAGAGCAUGACCGGCAGGCCAAAGAACUUUUCCUUCUUAGAAAAACGUUAGAAGAAAUGGAACUGAGAAUAGAAACACAAAAACAGACACUAAGUGCCCGUGAUGAGUCCAUCAAAAAGCUUCUUGAGAUGCUUCAAAGUAAAGGGUUGCCUUCAAAGGGGAUGGAAGAAGAAAAUGAGAAAACCCGAAGAAUGGUGGAGGCAGAGUCACAGCUUAACCAUUUAGAAGUGCUUCUAGAUCAAAAGGAUAAAGAAAAUAUUCAUCUAAGAGAGGAGCUGCACAGACGGAAUCAACUCCAGUCCGAAUCGGCCAAGACCAAAGCUCUGCAGACAGUCAUCGAGAUGAAGGAUACCAAAAUAGCUUCCCUUGAGAGAAAUAUCCGAGAUCUAGAGGAUGAAAUCCAAAUCAUCAAAACUAAUGGUGUCCUAAACACAGAAGACCGGGAGGAAGAAAUCAAGCAGAUGGAAGUGUAUAAAAGUCAUUCAAAGUUUAUGAAAAGCAAAAUUGACCAGUUAAAGCUGGAACUGUCAAAGAAGGAAUCAGAACUUCUUGCCUUACAAACCAAACUGGAGACUCUUGGCAAUCAGAACUCAGACUGCAAACAACACAUUGAAGUACUUAAGGAAUCUCUUACUGCCAAAGAACAGAGGGCUGCAAUCCUUCAGACGGAGGUGGAUGCAUUACGGCUGAGACUGGAAGAGAAGGAAUCAUUUCUAAACAAAAAGACCAAGCAGCUUCAAGACCUCACAGAAGAGAAGGGUACUUUGGCCGGAGAGAUCAGGGAUAUGAAGGAUAUGCUGGAAGUCAAAGAGAGAAAAAUUAACGUCCUUCAGAAAAAGAUUGAAAAUCUUCAAGAACAGCUUAGAGACAAGGACAAGCAACUUGGGAACCUGAAAGAUCGAGUCAAAUCCCUGCAGACGGACUCCAGUAAUACAGACACUGCACUGGCAACCUUGGAAGAGGCCCUUUCUGAAAAGGAGAGAAUUAUUGAACGUCUAAAAGAACAAAGAGAGCGGGAUGAUCGAGAAAGACUAGAAGAGAUUGAAAACUACAAGAAGGAGAACAAAGACCUAAAAGAAAAAGUGAACAGUCUGCAGGCAGAGUUGACGGAAAAAGAGACCAGUUUAAUUGACAUGAAGGAACAUGCAUCUACUCUGGCUUCAUCAGGAAUGAAGCGAGACUCCAAGUUGAAAUCUCUUGAAAUGGCCAUCGAACAGAAGAAAGAGGAAUGUAGUAAGUUGGAAGCCCAGUUGAAAAAGCAAGCUGAGCAGUUGUUCAAUCAGAUGUACAAUCCUACACCCGUGGGGCGUAAUGAGAAGCAGGGGGUAUCAUUUCUUUGUGGUUAUGCUCAUGAGGCUGAAGAGGAGGCCAGGAUGAACCCAGACAUGAACGAUAGACUCAAACAGCUGGAUAAAGAAGUUUCUUACUAUAGAGAGGAGUGCAGCAAAGCCCAGGCUGAAGUGGACAGGCUUUUACAGAUUCUGAAGGAAGUGGAAAAUGAAAAAAAUGACAAAGACAAGCAGAUAGCUGAGAUGGAAAGGAUGAUGAAAGACCAGAACAAAAAACCUGCCAAUCUGAAGCACAAUCAGCAAAUGGAGAAAAAAAAGAACACCGAUGACAUUCGUCGGAGGGAUGAUAUUAUACCGGAUAACUCACAACAUCUACAGAUGGAUGAUCUCAUGAAUGCUCUUGAAAAGACAAGACAGGAGCUGGAUUCCACCAAAGCUCGUCUCUCCUCAACUCAACAAUCACUUGCUGACAAGGAAGCACACCUGAACAAUUUGAUGAUAGACCGCCGAAAACAACUUGAAGAGAUCCUGGAGAUGAAGCAGCAGGCUCUACUGGCUGCUAUUAGUGAAAAAGAUGCCAAUAUCGCCUUGCUGGAACUAUCUGCCUCAAAAAAGAAGAAAACCCAGGAUGAAGUGAUUGCUCUGAAGAGAGAGAAGGACAGGCUGGUCCACCAGCUGAAACAGCAGACACAAAACAGGAUGAAGUUAAUAGCAGACAACUAUGAAGAUGACCAUCACCACCAUCAUCAUCACCACCAUCACCACCAUCAUCGUUCUCCUGGGAGAAUGCUCUCUAGCCAUAGACCCUCUCCAGAUCAGGUCCUCAUUAAGCCCAAGACAUUUAGCGCUUUAAAAGUAACAGACCCAGUUCGUGUCAAAUGUAUUGUGAGUGGAAUUUUGCCAAAAAUGUGUUUUAUUAAAAUAAAAGUUAUUUUGGCAGUGGAAUGA